AUGUUAGGAUAUUUGAAGUUACUAUGGCUUUCGAAUUGGGAUGAAUAUUUAGCAGGAGCUCGUAAAUUCUCUCACUAUCCACUACUAUGCAAAAGUGAUAGUUCAGUAAUAUGGGUGCAUAGACUUAGGGAUUCAUUCUCACUACGUAAAGGUGGAUUUUGGCUUCCUAUUAUCCAUGUAUAUGGUAUGUCACUGAUUAAUUUGGCUGGCCUCAAAUUUAUGUUUUUAUUAUCUUGUUGCGCAUCUUCAUAUUUCUUUGGAUUAGUUGUUGAUAAAAAUGAGCAGUGGAGUACGUACUAUUUACUCUUACUAUCAUAUGCAUUACGUGCUUUUAUUGAUGCUCAUGCAAGAUUUUACCUUGCAAGGAUAUCUUUGCGAGUUGAAUCAGGUAUAACUGGUGUAGCAUAUUACAGAAUUUUAUCAUAUAAGAAAGGAUUAAAAUUCAUAUCUGAAGAUGCAUAUUCACACAAUAGUUAUGAUAAAGAUUUAAAUAGAAAGAAAGAUCCACGUGAUUUAAUAUCAUGCACAAGAUCUUUAGAAUCUUUAAUUGGACGGCCCGAUAUAUUCAAUCUAAUUAUUGGAGAUAUUGCAUCAAUUCAAAUGUUUGUUAACUCCUUGUUAGAUCUCUGUUUGCUUCCAGUGAAUUUGUUGCUUACUUGGAUAUUACUGUCUUAUCAAGUAGGUUUUGUAGCUACUAUUCCAGGUAUAAUUACAUUUAUUUUUAUUUUAAUUCUGAGUUUUGGGUAUCAAAUUCUGGGCACUCUUUAUAAGGGUCCUUUUAUGGAAUAUAGAGAUUAUCGCCUAUCAAUAUGUCAUGAAGUUCUAGGACUUUUGAGGUUAAUUAGGAUAAUGGGAUUAGAAGAUUUUAUUUAUAAAAGAUUAAUGCGAGUUAGAAAGAAUGAAACAAAAUUUAAUAGGAAACGCCUACUUAGAAUCCAAUUCGGGAGUUUUCUUGAAUAUAAUAUUCAAAAGAUUACUCAAUUGAUUGUCUUCUUAUUUUUUUAUUUAUAUAAUGGGGAUAAACUCAGUCUUUCGUCAGCAUUAUCCUCAAUUCAUAUUCUCCAUUCUCUAUCCACUCCCUUACGGGGUAUCCCAGUAAGUUUUGUUGAAGGGUUAAUAUCACUUUUAAGGUUUAAAUAUUUUCUGAUGUUAUAUCCUACUGAGAUACAAGAUACACAGAAUAUCUGUGAUAGAAAUAAUCUAAAUAUUAUAUAUACAUUGGAUCAGAAAGAAUCUGAUAACUCUGACGUUACUAGAAGUUGCCAUAUGGAAACUCUUGAAUUUCUAAAAGGAUUAUUUUUGGAAAAUAAUUUUGUAAUAAUAACAGGGCCUCCAGGAUGUGGAAAGACAUAUUUUUUAAUGGAAAUUUUAAAUCUGAAGUCUCCAGAUAGUUGCUAUGCCUAUGCUAACCAAAACUCAUGGAUUUCAGGAGGGACUGUUAGAUCUGCAAUAAUAUUUGGAAGAUUAUGGAAUAAGCCAGUUUAUAACUCUAUAAUAGAAUGUUGUGAAUUACAAUAUGAUUUUGAAAACUGGAAAGAAGGUGAUUUGAGAGUUGUGGAUGAAGGAGGAACUUCUCUUAGUGGAGGUCAACGGACCAGAAUUUCACUGGCUAGAUGUUUAUACUCAGGAAAUGAGGCUCAAUUUUAUUUAUUUGAUGAUAUAUUUUUGAAUUUGGACCCAAGUGUAGGUUUUAAGAUCUUUCAAAAACUUUUUGGUCCUAGUGGAUUUUUUAAGAAAUAUGAUACUAAGGUUUUGCUAACUAUUGAUUUAUCUACUCUCAAUUUUUUUUCUAGAGCCUACAAUGAAACAUGGGCUAACUUAAUGGUACUCUAUCUAACUCCAUGUGGUUCAGUUUUAUUUUCAGAGAAAUUGAAAAGUAAUCUUGAUUAUGGUCAAAAUUAUAUGAUAGAACUAUCCAAUAAGGUUCAACAUUUUCCCGAUUUAUUAGAAGCUAUACAACCUGAAGAUGACACUGAGAAUCAAGUUCGAGACAACUUUUUAGUUACUAAAAAAAGAAAUAAUAUACAAUCUAAGAGUUCUCAUGGUUCUGUAUAUAGUCUAAAGCAUAAAGAUGAUUUGACCUUAACAAGUGAGAAAUUUUCAUUAUGUUCAACUAUAUUUAAUUCUAAUUAUAAAUGGUACUUCAGUUUAAUAGGUUCUUCAUGGUGUUUUCUACUGUUACUAUCAUGCAUUGGUAGAUCAAUUCUAGACCGUCUCUCAGAUAUAUUUUUGAGCUCCAGUACUAUGAGGAAUAAUAAGCUAUUUAUUUUGGAAUAUUUAGCAUUGGUUAUGAUACAAAGUGUCUUAAGUAUCAUCUUAUUUCUAGGUGAGGGUUUAGGUGGAGUAAGAGCAGCCGAUAUAGCACAUGAAGCAAUGCUUAGAAAGACCUUGUUUUCACCCUUUUCAUUCUAUGAUUUAAUUUCAGUUGGAUUUAUUAUAAACAGAUUUAGUACAGAUUUGCUCGUAUUUGACGAGUGCCCUAUUAAACGUAUUGCUUCAGUUUUUGUUCCAUCUAUUGACUUCGUGAUUCAAUUUCUUCUUCUUUGCUAUGCUAAUACGUAUGCUAUUCCAAUAGUAAUACUUAUUAUCCUUGUUACCUACAAGUUUGUAUGUUCUAAGUAUAUUAAUACUUAUAUAAUGUCCCAAAAAGCAUCUUUGGAAGCAUUGUCACCAUUAUGUUCAUUAUUUUCUCAGGGAAUAAAUGGUAUAAGAAUUAUUAAUUCCUUCAAUACUCAGAAAUUUAUGUUUUCGCAAUUUCUAGAGCAAUUGGAACUGUUACAGCGUAGGAGAUUUCUCCAACAUAUUGCUAGUCAGUGGGCUGCUAUUAGAUUACAGCUUUAUACUCUUCCACUAACUUUUACUGUAAUGCUUACUUCCAACGAUCAUCAUUGGAAGUAUCUUGCUCUCUUAUAUUCAGUUCAUCUUUCUGAUACCUUAAGUAUUGUUACUUAUAGGUUUGCAUUUAUGGAGAGAGAUAUGUGCAGCUCUGAAAAGAUAUAUAAACUAAUUACAGCUACUAGUUAUUCUGUUGGAAAUAAAAUGAAUAUUAGAGCUGAUAUCCCUGAUUCAGAAAAACUAAUAAACUUUCACUAUCCCAUAGCAAGUGAUAAAAGUGAAUUACCUCGUACAGGAGUAAUAAUAAAUAACUUAGAAGUUGGGUAUUUAAAUAAGGAGAAUUUAUAUAAUUUGAUAUUAACAAAUAUAAACAUUAAUGUCAAACCAGGUGAAUAUAUUGGUAUAGUAGGACGAACUGGGAGUGGUAAGUCUACAUUAAUUCUGGCAUUAUUAGGUCUUAUUGAAUAUAUAAAUGGACAGAUACUUUUAGAUAAUAUUCCAACUUCAUGUUUGUCACUAACUGAAAGAAGAAAAUUUAUAGGUGUACUUCCUCAAAGUCCAAUUCUACUAAAGGAUUGGACCUUAAGAGAUUUUAUUGAUCCUUUUUCGGAGUAUACUGACUCUCAAAUAUGGAGUGCACUCAGUAAAUGCUCACUUGAUAUCCUUGUUAAAAAUCUACCCAAUAGUAAACAUCUGGAUACGAUUAUUACUGAAGAUCUAUUUUCUGCUUCAGAAUUGCGAUGUUUAUCUAUUGUUCGUCUCAUUAUUAAUUCUAAAAAUUAUAGAAUGAUUUUAGUGGAUGAACCUCCCAGUUUCUCAGUUGAUGAAAAAAUAUCUUGCAAUAUUAAUGAGCUUCUAUCAGUGUACUUUAAGCAUUGUAAUAUAUUUCUUGUCGCACAUAAUGUGGAAUCGUUACGUCAUUGUACAAAAGUACUUAUCUUAGCUAAUAAUCAAAUAGUAAAGACAUUACAUCCAGAUAUCUUGUCUACUCAGAAAGAUUUGGCAGAAAUGCUUAGUAUUUAUGAGUAA